AUGGCGGCCUCUUCGGUGUGUAUGCAACCCACCUCGACUGACAAUCUUGGUACGAGGCCUGCUUCCUGCCUUGUCGCCGACGGAAGGUAUCCUCAGCGGAAACCCAAAACCAGGUUUGGGGGCGAAUCUGUGAGCACAGAGAAAACCGGAAGAGAUGCAAGCGGAAAGCAGGCGGAUCUGUGGGUUUCGACAACAUCGGACAUGGCCAGGCCGUUCCAAAGAUGCACCGCCCAGACCCAGGACACAAGAGCUUGCAAAAGCAUCACUCCCGUCCCAUCCUGUCCUUUCUGGAGUUCUUCAGCUUUCACAUCUUACUCGCCCAGGCUACAGGCGACAAGGGAUCCACCGCCUUUAUCCGACCAGCCAGUGCGCGGCAGUGCACCCAACAGUUGCGACCCCGACACACGAGGAGAAAGCGGCAGUGGCAAGACGCAUCCCCUGAUUCCCAGAGGUUGCGCUGACAAUCAAGAGCAGGACGCUUCUGCACGCGCCGUUCCAGAUGUCGCCACCUCGCCUGGAGGCGAAUUCUCUACAGGAGCGGGUGUCGAGGAAGCGCGCCGCUCGCGGCAGUCUCCGGCAACUCGGGGUGUGCGACCUGAUGGAGCAGGUAGAAAACCUCAUCCUUUCCACAUUUCUAGCAAAAACGGCCCAAGUCGGGGAAGUGAUGAGUUUCAAGUGAGUGUGCUCACAGACACGGAAUCGAGUUGGGAGGAUGUAGAGGAAGAAGCUCGGAAAGAAACCGCGAGGCGAACGCCAGUGCACGAAGGGAAAGCUGCGCUGCUAAGGACACCCACUUUUAGAUAUGCAGCUGUGCCAAAAGAGGCACGAAAUGUGGGGCUUCAAAGUCUGCUCACUUCCAAGGAAAUGAGCUCUGAGAGCGGUUUGUCGGAAACCAUGAUGUGCAGUGCGGCAAUACCCGGAGCGGGCGAUGUGGUGAAGGGACAGGCGAUGUCAGGGAAGUGGAAUGGCGUCGGCGCUCUUCUUUUGCGGGGCCCGCGUUCGUCAGGGAGCACUCCUGCGACAGAUCACUUUUUCAUGUCCAGAUUCACGGUUGUGUCCGAUUUCUUGGGAUUCGGCCCCUCACGACAGGUGCUGCACCGCCCGGCCCUAGCAGGGGCGUCGCUGCCUCCAUCAUCGAGUCCUUUUUGGACAGAUUCGGGAGUGGCAUCGCCGACAUCGUCCGUGCCACCUCAGAUCUCUUUCUGUCUUACUCCAAUGCCCUCUUCAGAGGGUGCAACCGAGAAGAAGACAGCUCCAGUGGGUACGCCGAAAAGCAAAGAUGCCGCAAGCGUUCCCAGUGCUGCCUCUCUUCUCUCUCACUUGUCCCGAGCAUGCAGUGUUGCGGCAUCCUCUGCUUCGCGCCUAGUUGUGUCGGGGCCUCUUGGAGUGCAGUCAGAAUGGCGAAAGACUGACCAAAACAUUAUUUCAGAGAAUCCUACUGGGGCUGUCUCGCCUCUCAACUGCUCGCCCAGAGCCAGCGACCAAGGUGGUGACGACGACAGAGUCGGCCCUCCAAUACCAGCCAGUGGCAUGAUUGCUCUGCAGCAAGAGCUUCUUUUCCUUUCUGCAUCAGCAUCGGGAAAACAGAGACUCAGUUCGCGGCGCACCCGUCCCCGGGCUCGGCGGCGAGCUGCGGUGCGUGACCAAUCUGCCGAGACACAUUCAUCGUUCGGAAGACGGAGAGCUGACUCCUGGAAUUGCUCGUAUGUUGACUCUGAGGCAAACAGACGAAGUGGCGUCUCCUGUGGCACAGUAAGCGCUGGACACAGCAGUGCAACUGGAGAGGCACCGUCCCGCGAGUCCUUUAUCCACAUACGGCCGUGCACAACGAUGAACAUCUCGAGUUGCUCACCAGGUGACAAAGGAAAACGAUACAACGAGCUCGCCUCUUCAAUAACAUGGCGAAAUGCCCAACGUAGCCGUCCACUGAGUGACGCGGGUAUGGACACCUCAUCUCUCGACAGCCUAGAUACUGCCUCAUCCAGUAGUAGAGGAACGUCGAACAGUGGGGACAGCGACGCUAGUGCAGAGACGCACCGACAGCGGAUGCCGUUUCCCCCUUUUUGGCCUUCUCAAGUAGAGGAGGAUAAGGAGAGGAGUGUUUCCUGCCAAGUUACCAUAGAAGGGCGUUCUGUCGAUAAUACGCGAGUCGAAAAUGAGAUAGGUCGACCGGUUGUGUCAUGGUGCAGUGCUCGCGCCAAUAACCGUGAGGUGUAUGGACACCGGACGGAUGGUAUUCAAAGCACAGGAUUGGAAGCGAGGAUCCUGGACUCGACCGGGGUUAGGGUGUUGCCGACGAUGCCUAGCUGCGGAUGCGGAGAGAUCCUGACUUCCCCGACGCUCAACGGGUGCAAAGCGCCUCCGGCGACCGGGCUACAGGAGGAAAACUACUGUGUUCCCGCAUUCGGGGGCGGAUCCGGCAGAGCUGCAGUUUGUCGGCAAAUGAGAAGCUCCGAUGGUGAGACGACUGCGAUCUGGCUGCACAGAAAGAAGUGUCUGAAUACGAGAAUCAAUGAGAGGGUGAGAGCGGCAUCUGACGGAAAGCUUCCGUCUGGAACAGUCUUUAGUCUUGCGGCGUCGAGGCCGCUCGAGGAGCCCGAGAGCCACUGCAACCAGCUUGAAUCAGACGGUGUGAAAGAACGCUGCGUGCACAUAUCGCGGGAACUGAACCCGCAAGGGACAGUUUAUGGCGACGAUACCGCGAUGAACAAUUCUGCUCGGCUGGGGGACCAGAAUGAAUCUUCAGCACACUUGGCUGGACACCGUCCACCCAAAGACAUCAAAGGCAGUAGCAACAGUGGUCCCUCGACUUCGUUUUUCCUGCCGACACAGCCGCUGUCGAAAUUUCCUGCGAGCUGUGGCGAGCAGCAGAGUCGCGGAAAUGGGCCAGAGCGUAAAGAUUUUUCGAAGGUGCAAAAGCCAACGGCCGUCCAAAUGUGGUUCUGCAGUGACCAUUUUAUAUAUGACUUUUUCUGA